AUGAAGCUUCCUAGCUACACUUCGCUGCCCAUAGGGUUUGCGCUGACGAUUUCUUCUGUACAAUCCUCAGCCUUGCCGCGGGCCUUCGAUAUCGGAAAUCAGGUCAACACGACCAGCGGAAUCAUCCAGGGCCAUGCAGCAACAAUCCGGACGGAGGUAUCAGAAUAUCUCGGUAUCCCCUUCGCCCAGCCGCCAAUUGGGGACUUGCGGUUCGCCGCACCGGAGCCGUACAGGUCCAGCUCGACAUUCAACGCCAGCUCAUAUGGGCUGAUGUGCACGCGAAAUGCUGCGCAGCCUGAUUACAGCAUCCUCACCGCCGCUGGAUACCACCUGACGCCGACAGCGGAAGAAUACUUGAACACCAUAACAGGCCAAGGGGCAAAGGCGGUCCUGUUCUUCAUCCACGGCGGCGGGUUCCAGGGAGGCUCCUCUCACAACCCGUUCUUGACCGGCCAGUACUUUGCCGAUGAGGAAGACGUCGUCAUCAUCUCCACCAACUACCGCACCAACGUAUUUGGCUUCCCCGGCCUAGAGCCCUCAGUGGCCAACGUCGCCCCCAAUGCUGGGCUCCUGGACCAGCGUCUUGCCAUCGAGUGGGCCCGGGACAACGUAGCGGCCUUCGGAGGAGAUCCCACACGCAUCACACUGUUCGGCCAGUCAGCCGGCUCAAUGUCCAUCGCAACGUACGGCUACGCCUACGCCUCGGACCCUAUCGCCCACGGCCUCAUCACCCAGUCCGGCACAGCCGACAGCUUUGGCACCCCGGCGCCAGACUCCACGGCAUCAUUCCUGGCCCUCGCAACCCUCCUGGGCUGCAACACCACCUCAUCCACGCCCGAAGGUAUCUCGGCAGCGGUAGCCUGCAUCCGCACACAGCCCACCGCCGCCGUGUCAGCCGCAGCCGCACAAGUACCAUCAACAACCUCGGUCCUGGGCACCUUCGCCCCGACCGCAGACAACACGACCGCCUUCUCGGACUACGCCUCCCUGACCGAGGCCGGCGCCUUCGCCCCAAUCCCCCGCCUGCACGGCAGCAACUCCGACGAGGGCGGCUCCUUCGAGCUCGACUUUGCCCAGCUGGGCCUGGUCCUGCCGCCCGCGUACUGGGACUGGCACACGCUCGCCUUCUUCGGGUGCCCGACGGCCGCCAGCGCGGAGGCGCUCGCGCAGGCCGCGCCGGACGUCCCUGCGUGGAGGUACAUGUAUGCCGCCGACUACCCCAACAUGCGGCUCACCGAGAACCCUUCGCUCGGAGCCUACCACGGCUCGGAGCUGAACCCGCUGUUCGGCACUUCGGAGUCGCUGGGCGGGCGGGACACGCCUGCUGAGGCGGCCAUGGGGAGGUACAUGCGGGCUGCGUGGGCCGCGUUUGCGAAGGACCCGACGGGUGGGCUUGCUGGGGACGAGUUUGGCUGGCCGGUGCUGCCGGCUGGCGAGGCGUGCGAGGAUGAGGCGCAGCUUGUGGUGUUGGGGCUGGGGAAUGCCACCGAGGCGGUGUUCCAGCCGAGCUCUGCCUGGGACUCGGCGUGCCCUUCGGUCAGGGGUGUGUUGGAGGCCCUCGGGGGGAUGGCCGGUCUGCUCAUGCUCGCGCCGGUCUUGGGCCAGGCGCUGGACGGAAUCGAGGACGGGGAUGUUAUUGCUGUUGGGGAGGCGUUGUUGGCUGCAGCAGCGGCAGCGACAAGCUGA